AUGAUUUCCGAAAUUAUAGUGGAUGAUAUAGUCAGACAAAUAAUACAUAAGGCCCGAAAAUUGAUAAGAGAACAUAAAAUAGAUGCGAAGAUUCCGUCUUUUUUGAAAUGCGAAUCUAUGCAUUAGAUUAAAUCAGCUAUCAAUAUUUACCAAGUUGAUUGCUAGAACUCUUCAAUUUUAUAUGAUGAUCAGGAAUACAAUAUAAGACCAACCAUAGACUCAUUUUAGGCAUUGACACUCAAACUUGUAGAUAAACCAACUAUAGAUUUAGGAGAAUUGAAUUAAAAUUUUUCGUUCUCCGAUCACACCACUACCAAUAAAUCCAUCAUUAGAAAAUUCUCUCAUAAAAAGAAGAUAGAUGUUCAAGUUGUAAACGUGAAGGAACCUAAACCCAUUGAAUAAAAAUAAUAAGAUCAUCAAGAGGUCUAUAAAAAACAGAUGAAUACUAACAGUAUCAAUCGACAUUCUCUAGUGAUGAAACAAUAAAUCAGAGACUUGACAAAGCACAUGUUCGUUGAUAAUUUCGAUGCAAAUGAAUACAGAAAGAAAAUAUAAUAAUAGGCAGAAAACUUAGAGAAGGAAAUGAAAUAAUGUGAUAAAUCAUUUCAGAUCAAAAAAGUAUCUGAAAAAUCCAUAGAUAAUAGCAGUAAUCUGAAUCAGACUGUCAAGCCAACGACAGCUCCUCAAGGUUAGAGAAGACCUCAAUAUAUAAUAAACAAAAAAAUGAUCGAUUUAAAUGUCACUUUGCCUUAAUUCAAAAGAUAGUUAACUCCUGUAGAACAUAAACGAACCUCUAAAGUUCGUAAUGUGUCUGUGGCCUGA